AUGAACGGAAACAUGUUUGCCGUUUUUGUGGCAAAAGUUUCGCCUAUGCUGGAAGCUUACAGGUAUAUUUUUAUUUUUCUCUUGAAACUUUGCAACUCAUUUUUUCAAAAUUCCAGGUUCAUGUUAGAACGCAUACUGGGGAGCGGCCAUAUCGCUGUAGUUACUGCCCGAAGGCAUUCGCUAGUCAGGGAAAUUUGCAAUCGCAUGAAAGAACGCAUACUGGCGAGAGGCCAUACACUUGUGGUACAUGUGGGCGGAGCUUCAUCCAGGUAUGAUUGGUUGAAAUGA